AUGAAGGGGCUCCAGUUCCUUCACAAAAAGUUGCAAAUAGUUCAUCGCGAUUUGAAGUUGGACAACAUAUUGAUGCAGAUCCCAUUGCCGAAAACUAAAAUUUACAUUUGCGAUUUUGGCAUUGCUAAGCAAUUGGAGAAAAGCAGAACAAAUACAUGCGUUGGAACCGUUGAGUACAGCGCUCCCGAAGUAUUUAGAGCCAACGAGAAGGGGCAAUCCGACUCUCCGUACAAUUUCAAAUGCGACACCUGGUCUUUGGGGAUCAUCACUCAUAUUGUCUUGUCUGGCAUUUCGCCAUUCUAUUCAGAUCGCAAGGAAGUGAUUUUGAAAAACGCUAGAGAUGGCCGGCUCGAUUUCCAAAGGAAGCAAUUUUCGAAAAUCAGCACAUAUGCAAAAGACUUUGUGGCUGCCCUCUUGAAUAUCGACGUCGGCUGCAGGCUAGACAUUGACGAGUGUUUCGAACACUGCUGGAUCAAGUCCAAUCGAGCUAAACUAGAAAAGUUUUACCGCGAAAAAAUCGAGAACAUAUUGUGA